CUCACACUCACUCUUCUUUCUUCUAAGAGAGAGAGAGAGAGUCAGUCUAUUCAUUAUCUUGUCUGAGAAUGGACAAAUGAAAGAAAAUAUAAAAAAAAGAAAACGGAACCCAUAUGAGCAUGCAAGAAGGCUAAGGGAGAUGAUGUUCCCUUUGGUGAUGGCAGAGGGCACAAAGAGAUAGGAGAGUUAAUAAGGAGAAAGCAACGGAUGUUACAAAUGAGAAACACCAAGCUCUGGUCCUUGUCUUCCCCAUAAAACCCUGCACUUCUGCAACCUCAGACAGAGUCAAGCAACACACAAACCCAGCAGCAAGAAACCCUGGCCUCCUCUGGGUUCUUUGAUUCUUUUUCUCUUCGCACUCUCGGCCCCCCCUCCCGAUCUUUGCUUCCCAUUCUUGUCCGACCCUCAAAGAAGAUGUCUGCUGCAUGCAAUCAUCUCCAAGAGCAGAUUUGCUACGUGCAGUGCGGAUUCUGCGACACCAUUCUUCUGGUUAGUGUCCCAUGUAGCAGCUUGCUGAAGGUGGUCACUGUUAGAUGCGGCCAUUGUACAGGCCUCCUUUCUGUGAACAUGGUGAAAGCUUCAUUCUUCCCUCUUCAGGUUCUUGCUUCUCUCAACGAUGACGAGCAAAGAAACGAUGUCGAUGAUCAAACAGUGGAACCUUUAAAAGCCUCCGACGAGCGUCACAGCCCGCCAUUAAUGGUCUCCUCCGACAAUGACGAUGAAGAAAGAAUCCCCGUGAACCCCAUUGUUAACAAACCACCAGAGAAGAGGCAAAGAGCCCCUUCAGCUUAUAACCGCUUCAUCAAGGAAGAGAUUCAGAGGCUGAAGGCUAGAGAGCCCAAUAUGACCCAUAAGGAGGCCUUCAGCACUGCUGCUAAAAAUUGGGCCCAUUUCCCUCGGAUUCAGUACAAUAAAGGAGGUGGAGAGAGCUGUAGCCAGGUAGAGGAGAAAGUGACAAGGAACCUAGAUGCUUCUGAUGAGGUGAUAACACUAUAAUGGUGGAAAACCAUGAUGAUGUAUUCUCAUUUAAUUUUCCCAGUUGAAAGCUAAGAAUCUUGGUUCUCGUAGAUUCCUUUGAACAUCUCUUUUAGAAAUAAUAUGUCAUGAUAUACGUUCUUAGUUGCAGAAAUUAAUACAAACUAAGUUAAGAGUGUUGCACUCUCGAUCGCUUUA